AUGGCUCUGAGUCUCUGGAGUCGGAAGCGCGACCUAAUCUACUUCGGGUUCUUCGCAAUCCACAUUCCUAUCAUCCUUUUGGUUGACGCUGUUCCGAUCCUCCCAAGCCUUUUCAACAACGACGUCUCUCGCCUACUACGCAACUACUACAUCACAACAUUCCGCGAUAAGUUUUUUAUCGGCCCUGUUCCAACAUGGUUCACAUCCUUCAUGUAUAUGGAACUAUACUACCACCUCCCGUUGAGUACCUGGGCACUCGGCGCUCUUCUAAGAGAUGAUCCUCUAGUCCCAGUCCAUUUGCUUGUGUUCGGGUUCCAGUCUUUCCUGACGUCCUGGACCUGUCUCAUGGAGGUCUGGGACUGGGAGGACCGCACGACGGCGGAAAAGCGGAGCCUCACCUCGCUGUACGGUCCAUAUGUCGCCCUUGGAGCUUUCAUGGCCUUGGAUAUGUUUUGGCGGCUUCGGGGGAGGCUCCUGAAUAAGUCAAAACAGGAGUGA